UUUUAAAGAUUUUGUUAUUUUAUUGGCUAUCAGAAGAGAGCAACAACUAGUCGUUGAGCAAUUGUUUUUUUUUAAGAUUUCCGCAUUCAUUUUUUAAGUUUUUAAAAAGACUGAAAAAAAAGCGAAGAUCACGAUUCUGUCUUCGCAAAGUGUCUUUUUCUUCGGAGUGUACGAAAUUGCUAAACUUGAGUCAUGGAAAUCGGGAAGAAAAUGAAAGAAAAUGUAGAGCCUGCUGAGAAUCAGAAGAGGAACUUGGGUUUGGCAAUGGACAGCAAUCCGAAGAAAAAGAAAAAGUUAGAUGUCGACCAAAGCGCGGGGAAAAUAUUGUUCGUCGAGUCUGGAAACUCGCGAAUACCGAGGGUCAAGAGGAAGCGGGUGGUCAAAUUCGAUGACACUCCGAUGGAUAUUAACGAUGAACCGCAGGAAUGUUACGAGAAGCAGCAGGUGGCCAAUUCUCCCAUCAGCGAGAUCUUGAUGAAAAUGGAAAGGGAUUUACAUCGGUUCUGUAGGAGGACUGCGGAACAUAUGGAGAAGAUCAGCGAGAAGCUGCAUCAGCUGGAGGAGAACAACUCGGCGAUGUACGCUGAAUGCAUGAACGUACGCAGAGAUCUGCGGAGGAUCCGGUCAAAUUCGGAUGUCGUGAGCACGCCUAAUCUGCGAGCCAAGAACCUGAGGAUGCCCACCACGAAUAGAACUGUUUCCAAUGGCAACGAAGAUCGUAGCAUGGCGGAGGCUGUACGUCUGUACAACCAUCUCAACGACGGCUUCGGAUCUCCCGUCACGGACAGAGCCAACCUGCAGACUCCGGAUCAUUCAUCGAAGAAGUACAUGGCCAUCAAACUGCAGAAGCAGUGCUUGAUGCUGUGCGAAACACCCACGAGCAACAAGUAAUUAAAUUUAUCGUAUCCAUUUUUUUACUAUUAUAUAUAUAGAUUGUAAUUUCUAAAUUAAAUAU